CAUGAGAUUGAGAUGUAAUUUCCUGGAGAAAUAUCUAUAUCAAUCAAAAAUCUCUUUACCAAAAUAAUUACUCUUCAAUCUAUAAUUAACUCUCUCAUUUACAUUCAUGCAUUGAAAAAUUAUGACGGACAAGAAUCUUAUCCACCCUCAAGCUAGGUCCACCACCAACGGCGGUGCAGCCGCCGCUAAGCCUUCAUUUCCGGCAACAAAAGCACAACUCUACGGUGCCACCCGCCCAACCUACCGUCCUCAAACCUACCACCGCCCCCGUAGCAAUCGUAAUUGGUGUUGCACCAUUUGUUGCUGGCUUAUCCUCAUCCUCAUCUUCAUCCUCAUCCUCCUUGGCGCCGCUGGCACCGUUGUCUACCUCCUCUACCACCCCCAACGUCCUUCUUUUUCCGUCAGCUCUCUUAAACUCACCUCUUCCGAGUUUGACCUCACUCUUUCCACCACAAACCCAAACGACAAAAUCACAUUCUCUUACCAACCCAUCUCUGUUUCUCUCCUCGCCGGUGAACUCGAUGUUGGUGACGGUGUUAUUCCGUCGUUUGAACAUGCAACUAAGAACACUACGAUGUUGAAAGCUUUGGUUGAGAGAAGGAGUGUGAAGAAGAAAUCACUGGAGCUGAAAAUGAAGAUGGAGACUAAGGUAGAGGCUAAGAUGUGGGUUUUUAAAACGCCGCGUGUCGGAAUCAGUGUGUUGUGUGACGGCAUUGAUGUUGCCGGCGAGAAAGCGGCGACGGCGGAUGAGAAGUGUGCGGUGGAUGUGAGGUUCAAGGUAUGGAAAUGGACUCUUGGUUGAUCGGUACAAGUAAACUUCAAAUUCCAGACACGUACGGGUGAUGUUUGAUUUCAUGAUGUUUUGAUUUUUGGUUUUGAUUUUUUUUUCUUUCUAUCUUUCAAUCAGACUCUUAUUAUUAAUAUUUAUUAAUAUUAGUAAUAAUUAAUUGUCCUUUCUUA